AUCACGAUCGUUCGAUCCAUUUUCCCAUGAUGCAAAUCUAGGUUCCGCACCGAUGGAGUACGUAUGAAUUGUAUGCUUGGCCACAUAGAAUCCUGUCUUGUCUUGCUUCGUGACCCUUCGCAAAAGUUUUCGGUUGCUUGGAGCUUCGGAAUUAGCUUAGCUCGAAAUUUGGCAACCGAGAGGGGAGAGGAUGGCUGCCGCGCAUGUAGUUUACAAGGGCCCAAGUGUUUUGAAGGAAAUUCUCAUUGGCAUUGGUCUUGGCCUAGUGGCCGGAGGUUUUUGGAAGAUGCACCAUUGGAACAACCAGAAAAGAACCAAGGAAUUUUAUGAUCUACUUGACAAAGGUGAAAUCAGUGUUGUUAGGGAGGAUGAGUAGUAGGGUCAUUGCUGGAUCUUUGCUUAUGUGCUAUUAUGCAUAUCUAGCAUAUGGAAGUUCUUGGCUCGACCCUAUGCAUAUAUGCACUUUCUUGGUUAGGAACUUGAAUACAUAACCUUUGUCCUUCGUCUUAAUAAUUUGGUGGAACUUGUGUGAUGAGAGUUUUAAAACCUGCAAGGAGAUGACAGUUUCAAUCCGUGCGUGCUCAUCCUUAUCUCCUGUUAAGGCAUUCCAAUUUAUCUGCAUUAUGCCUUUGCUUCUUUUUCUUACUUAUAGGCCCUGGUAACAAGUUAUGUUUCUUCUUAAGUAUGAAAAUGGCGUGCCCUUUGAAGACGAGUUGACAUGCGUGUAUUGUCUGCACCCUUUAGAAUAUGCCCCUGCGGUGCGCAACUGGUAUGUUAUAUUAGAUGAAUCUUGAAAGAGAUUGGCAUAAAAACGGUGUCUUGUGAUUAUAAAUUACAAGUUUCUAUGAUGCACCAUCUCUAGGUAGCUGUAAUAUAUGGUGUCCUAUAUGAAUCAUGGGAGGCUUAAUUGCUUAAUUUAUUCAUCAUUGCUAGGUGUAAGAAAACUUGUCUUUGUGAAGUUGGCAUGAGGUAGGUGAACUGGUACGUGGAGAUUUGCUAAUCAGAUAAGAACCUAAUUAAUGUGGCUAGCCAAAGUGUUGUUGUUAUUACAUGUGGUCCAGGUCUCAUUGAACUUUUUAAAUUUAUUGCGCUCAUCUGCUGUGUCUAUUGCUUCAAUUAUUUGAACCUGGAAAUUGACAGGCAUUUUUACUGUCAACUGAAUGAUAUAAAAUGUGUCACUUAGGUUCGAAGAAAGGCUAUAUUAUAUUUAUAUCAGAAAUGACUAGGCAAUUAGUAGAGACAGCCAAUAUGGUCCCGAGCAUCUACCUCUACAAUCUGCAGUUGGUUGGAUGUCGGCCUGAAUCUGAGGUCCCAAUGGCAUGUCUCAGUAAUCCCCCGGUGUCUUGUCAACAAGUUAUUCUUUUUUGUUCCAUGAUCAAAUUCUGCAGUAAUCUUAUUGUGUUGCAACACAAUCACUUAAGGCAAGCAUAAACAUGUUUUCAACUUGAAUUUUGGCUUUACAUGUUUUUUACUUUCUUAGUUUUGGUCCGUGAUGUUUGAUUUUUUUUAUGGCUACCUAUUCUGUUUGAUUGCUAAAUGAACUCAAUAGACAUGUUAUAUCGAUGUGUUUUUCCUUGUAGAAUUUACUUACUAUUGAUGAGAGCCAAGUUUUGUGCUUGUUAGCAGCUAUGUUUUGUCUCCUCCAGUAUGUAUAUAUGUAUAAUAAAGGAACUAUUAGGUUUGCAGCCAAUUUCAUUAUGGUACAUCAUUAUUUGGCUCAAACGCUUGUUUGAAUUAUGUUCCUCCAUAGCUUUUUUCCUUGUCCCAUCAUUAAUUAGAGCAGCAUUGGUAGCCAUAUGAUUGAAACAGUAUCAGUUGUGUGUUGAAAAGUUAAGAGAGUGAUGAGCUGUUCACAACAAUGUUGCCAAGUGGAAGAAUACAAAGCUCAUGAAAAGAAUGUGUGUUUGUAUAAUAAAGCAAAUGGGGUCCCGUCACCGGCAUCAACCGCCCACGUUACCUGCCCUAAAUAUUUAAAUUUGAAGAGCAAUCUCUAUCCAAAACAGACCAUUUUGGCCUAUGAUGCAACCUCACUCACUAACACAACGACGUUUACUUGCACACUGCUACACAUCUUGUGCUACACCGGCUGUAUUUAAAACAUUCUCUUCCUAAGAAC